AUGGAUGAUUACCAUAGCGAGGAGGGAGCUUCUGGUGAUCCUUGCUUCUAUUAUGAAAUUCCGGGAGGCCUUUUGGAUAAAGAUGUUAUCGAAAUAACGGGAUACUUUUAUGGAGAGAAGAUUGUAAUUGAGGUCUUGGCGGAUAAGUACGUUCGGGAUGGAGAAAAUGCUGCUCUCCCACUGCAGUUCACCCUCACCAACAAAGGGAACUGGACUGCUAUGACCUUCAGCCAGACGGUGCCGCGUCAGACGCAAUCGGGCACCGCUGUACCCAAGGAGAACUUCGAAAUUCGAAUCAUUGCCCUCGAUUCAGCCUUUGAAAUCUAUUUAAACGGGAGUCGUUUGUGUAUUCAGAAGCACCUGAUUCCACUGCCACUGGUUACUCAUAUAUCUAUCGACGGUGAAGCUGAAUUCACGGGGGUUGAAUUCAAGGACUUGUGCAGUGAAAACGAUGCUUCUAUUCACAGCAACACGUCGCUGUCAGAGCAAAACCAGUUUGCCAUGGCACCCGAGGCUACACCUGGAUUCACACGACUUUCUGAAAAUCGGCGCUCUUCAAAUCGCAAGCCUAAGUCUCCCAUUCUGGUACCAGCCCACGGGAGUUUUCGAAACAAACCAGCAUUGGCAACAACUCGGGAGGAGGCUUCUUUGCCAUUGAACGCUGAAAUUGACCAGCAACCCACCAUAAAGAGCACUGUUGCAGCAGAACCUGUGCAAGCUUCUUCUGGUCCGUCAGUUGAUGCGCUCGCGUCUAAUGUAACAACUCCAGGUAAAGGUUCAAGCCUACCAACAUCUGGGAAGCGUUCCACUGAUUCAAAGCACAGAAGCCUUCGCGAGAAACUGCAUUUGAAAAAAGGCUCUAAAACCUCUGUUCCAGAUGCUGUUCAAGAGGAAAAUCAGUAUGGCGCGGGAAGCUUAGAGGAUGUUUGGGUAGAAAAGGGGGGCCGUGAACUUAGCGUGGAUGGCACAGGAGCUUUUGUUGUAACAGGAGCCACGUCGGUACCAAAUCUUAGCAUGCAGUCGGAGAAAGAGAAGAGGCGAUUCAGCCUUCUCCGUGGAAGCAAGAAAUCGCGGUCUAUUUCCUCACCACCGGACAAUGCAAAUGCAAAGGGUGAAGGUAAGGAUAAGAAGAAGCGUCAUUUUGGGGGAAUCCAUAUUGGCAAGGGAUCAAGGAAGAAUGCAAAGGGAGAAAAGGAGCCAAAGUCAGAAAAGGAGUCGAAAAAGAAGUCAGCCCUUGGCAAGAAACACCUUGAAUCACAAAAAAUUUCGGACAAAGGUGGUGCUGGUGCAAGUACCAUUCAGGUGACCGAGAGGAAUGUCAGUGCUGAAUAUGCCAAUCCAGAGCCUCCGUCUGAAAAGAUGAAAGCCCCAUCGGUCGAGCUUGCCAACAAAAAGCCUAAGGCCUCGACACCCACUUUUUCACACACCGCCUCACGUGGUUCAUUCAUGGGUCCCCAUCCCAAAGGCUCCUACGACCUGGGGGAAGCACAGAAGUCCUAUGAAGUAAAACGCGGAACUUACCAUAAAAUACAGUCUGACACAGAACUCGCUAUGGCUAGUAGAUCGACUUCACGCAGUAGCGACAGCCAAAACAGAAGUCCCAGGGUCGGCCGUGACAGUAGAUCGCGAAGUCGAAGUGCAUCGUUGACAUCGACAUCGAGUGGUGCUUCCUUAGAAGCUGGUGUGGAUAUUGCUGUGGUUAGAGAGGAAAGUAAAACGAAAAAGAAAAGUAAAUCCCCAAAGAUUAAGGGUGAAUCGCCUGUUAUUGCUGCUCGGCUGAUGGAUAGUUCCGCUAGGGUCAAAAACUCAAUCGAAAGCCUCACUUACACUGAUCCUACCCUUGAUAUUCCCCUUCAUCUAACAAGCGCUGGAGGGGAAACAAUUGAUGUAGUGAAGGAAGAACACAAAAGGAAAGAGAUGGAAGGGAAAAUAAAGGGAGAUUCGGCGGAGAUUGCUGAUAAUUUUGGGGUCAAUCGUGGCAUGUCAGGUGAUUACGAUACUUAUACUGGCAAGCAUACAACAGUGCCCCUCAAACUGACUCAGGACGACCUACUCUCCACCGCUGAAAAGAGCUUUAUGCCCAUCAUAGGUGCACAGGGUUCCUAUAACCUAGAAACUGCACCAGACACGCCCGCAGGGACCUAUCAGACGAGGCUAGACUCCAGUUGGGAGGACGAGGCUCUUUUAGUUCACAGCUCAGCAGACGCUGUUCAGCACUCACAACCACCGGAAAAAGAUAUUAAUGUGCGUGAAUCUGCCGUUGUGGCCGGCACUAUGGGCACCAAAGAGAAGAAAAACCUCCUCAAAGGAGAAUCCGCCGAAAUUGCCUCCAACCUCGUGGAUGAGGGACGUGAUAGGGUUCAUGGAAAUUCCUCUACCGGUGGUAUUCCCCUAUGCGGUGAAAAUGGCAUUAAUGUACCCUGGCGGCUGGAUGAGACUAACAGAAAUGCUCAGCCUAUGCCCUACAGCAGCGUCGCAAAGGGCCGUAGCCACUCCAUGAGCUCAAAUAGCUCGGAUAGCCUUAAUGCUCUAAACACAUCUGGUCGUCUCAGUACCGGUGGUGAUUUUGCCGUAGAACCUACCCACGAGGACAAUGCAGUGCACGCUGCAGCACCGAUCUCUACUGAUGCAAACCUUUACGGUUCGAAAUCGGCGACGCUGCCCGCCUCUGGUGGAGCGGGUCUUGAAACAUCGGGUGCUGGUGUGAGCGCCACUUUGCCUGCGACCGCCUCAGUUGUGGUGAGGAGUAAGGAUAAAGACAAGAAGGCCAAAAAGGGUCAUGAGGGUGAAGAAAAGACGCGCAAACGAGACCGCGUUUCUGGCUUCUUCAGAAAGAUCUUCAAAAAGGGAAAGAAGAAGAAGAGUACUUCGCAAAGCGAGCCAGAAGAAACCGGUAUCUCGGAAGGUGUUAAUACGGACCCCGAGAUGACGGAGCAGAGGAGCUCCUCUCAAAUGAGCCUUGAUACGGAUGAAUAUGACGAUACCGCUAUUAGUAUCACCGCUAAGCCAAGCGACACCUGCCGUUAUGCGUCUCAACUUUGCGGUGACGAACCGACUCUAAAGAGCAGUUCUUUGAUUGAAACUAUGUGUGGCGGCCAAACUUUGACUUACCCAUUGCAAAUUACGGCAGCCCACAUCUCCAUUGACGUCAGCAGGGUUGAAGCAAAUCACAUCGCUUCUGGUCCCCCUAUUCCUACUCAACGCACAGAGUCUCUCGAUUCCUGGAGCUCUGUUUCCCCUGGUGGAAGCCGCAGACAUUACCAUCGCUCAUCUCGACACCGAGCUGAAUCAGUAUCUUCCUGGAGCUCUAUUUCUCCUGGUGGUACACGCAGAUAUCGCCACCGUUCAACCGCUUUUGAUAGUAGUGAAACCAAACCUAAGCAGGAUUCACUGAGUUCUCCAACUCGAGACCUUCAGGUGUCAACAAUCAUGGCUGAGCAGCAGGCACCUGCUUAUGCAGUUGCACCAGCUAACGGUCGCGACCAAUCCUAUGACUCUUACUUUAGCAUAACGAAACAGGACAGUGGAGCUGUUCAUGCCGCCAAGCCACGACCUAGCUCCGCUAUGUCAUCAAAUUCCUCCAUUUCUGGCCUUUACGGUCGUGUCGUGAUCGUGGGUCAAAGUUCGGACUUCCGUACGCGUAUACAAUCAUACAGAAAGGCUAUGGAGAUGCCGAAAAAACAGAAACGACCGAAGGGUUAUGACACCGACUCAUCGGACAGCUCCAUUUCAUCCAUUGCCUCCGAUAAACUGCCUCCUUCGGUUGUCAAGUCUAGGGGUGGCGAGUAUGCCAUCUUUGAUGAUGCCGGAGAAACUAUUUUCGAGAAAAGUCCCGUGAAAAUUGAGGACGUCUACGCCAACAGUAUGCUUUGGUAG